AGCGGAUUGUGCUGGAAGUGGAGGAGACGGUUCCGCACUUGCUGCCGCCCUCUUUGUACCUCCACAGCUGCAUCCAAAUUUCCUUGAAAAAAUAAAAAAAUUUCGACACCUCAGAGACCCCCUCCCUCCCCCCGCCCCAAAAAUAAUCCUAUCGCACUGCGCAAGGGAAAAAGCAAAAAAGAAAAAGGGUAACAAUUGCUAAACGAAGCCGAGGAGAUUGUCCCCCCAGUUCUCCGUGCUGUACUCUCUGGAUCCACGCUUCACUACCCAGUAAAAUUGUGGAAGAGAGUCUUUAAGAAGAUAUGGCAUCACUACAAGAUAUUGCUUUGUCGGCAUUUAUAAAUAUUCUAUCUGCAUUUGUGUUUUUUGUGGCAUUUGCCAUAUUACGGCUUCAGCCAUUCAAUGAUAGAGUAUAUUUUCCUAAAUGGCAUCUCAAAGGGAUAAGAAGCAGCCCAAGACAUUCAGGAAAAUCUGUAACCAAGUUUGUUAACCUGGAUUGGAGAACCUAUCUAAGGUUUUUGAAUUGGAUGCCAGCUGCACUGAGAAUGCCAGAACCUGAAUUAAUUGAUCAUGCUGGACUUGAUUCUGCUGUAUAUAUCAGGAUUUAUCUUCUUGGGUUAAAGAUAUUUGUGCCUCUAACUGUUCUUGCUUUCGGCAUCCUGGUUCCUGUUAAUUGGACUGGUGAUACUUUGGAGCAUUUAGAUGUAGAAUUUAGUGACAUUGACAAGCUCUCAAUAUCGAAUAUAGCAAAAGAAUCAAAAAGGCUUUGGGCACAUCUGGUAAUGGCAUACAUCUUUACAUUUUGGAUUUAUUAUACAUUAUACAAAGAAUAUAAGAUCAUAGCAGCAAUGAGGUUGCAUUUUCUUGCAUCUGAAAAUCGCAGACCAGAUCAAUUUACAGUUCUUGUAAGAAAUAUUCCACCGGAUCCUGAUGAAUCUGUUAGCGAGCAUGUUGAGCAUUUCUUUUCUGUGAAUCAUCACGAUCAUUAUCUAACACAUCAGGUUGUAUAUAAUGCAAACAAUCUUGCAAAAUUGGUUGAUCGAAGGAACAAUUUGCAAAAUUGGCUGGUCUACUAUGAGAACAAAAACACUAGAAAUCCUGAUAAAAGGCCAAGAACAAAGACAGGAUUUUUAGGUCUUUGGGGAGAAACUGUGGAUGCUAUAGACUAUUACACUGCUGAGAUUGAGAAGCUGUUGAAAGAGGAAGCUACAGAAAGGGAAAGAUUAGUCAUUGAUCCUAAAGCUAUAAUGCCAGCAGCAUUUGUUUCCUUCAGGUCUCGAUGGGGGGCAGCUGUUUGUGCUCAAACUCAGCAAUCAAGUAAUCCGACGUUGUGGUUAUCUGAGUGGGCUCCUGAGCCACGUGAUGUUUAUUGGUCCAAUCUUGCCAUCCCAUUUGUUGAGCUCACAAUGCGAAGAUUGAUAAUGGCUGUUGCAUUUUUCUUCCUUACAUUUUUCUUUAUGAUUCCAAUUGCAUUUGUGCAGUCCCUAGCAAACAUUGAGGGCAUUGAAAAAGUUGCACCCUUCCUAAAACCUUUAAUAGAAAAGGAAGUUGUUAGUUCAUUUAUAAAAGGCUUUCUAUCAGGAAUUGCAUUAAAGAUCUUCAUGAUCUUUCUCCCAACAAUACUUAUGACUAUGUCCAAGAUAGAAGGUUAUGUGUCAAUAUCGGCAUUGGAGAGAAAAUCAGCUGCAAAGUACCAUCUUUUUAUACUGGUUAAUGUAUUUCUUGCUAAUGUAAUUGCUGGAGCAGCAUUUGAACAGCUCAACACAUUCGUGAACAAGGAAACUCCUAACAAAUAUCCAGUUAUUGUUGGGACAGCUAUUCCAGCGAAAGCAACAUUUUUCAUUACUUAUAUAAUGCUUGAUGGCUGGGCUGGUGUUGCUUCAGAAAUCCUUAGAUUGAAACCACUAAUCAUUUACCAUUUGAGGAACACAUUUUUGGUUAAAACUGAGCAAGACCGGGAGCAGGCUAUGGAUCCUGGGAGCUUAGAUUUUGCCUCCUCAGAACCCAGGAUACAAUUGUACUUUUUGCUUGGCCUUGUUUAUUCUGUUGUCACACCGAUUUUUCUUCCUUUCAUAGUGGUCUUCUUCAGUUUGUCCUAUGUUGUUUUUCGUCACCAGGAUGCAGUGGUGAAGGACACGCUAGAGCGGGCUACGGAUCCAAACCUAAAUUUGAGAAGUUACCUCCAAGAUGCAUACGUUCACCCAGUCUUUCAUAGCAAAGAUACUGAACAGCCAGUAGCCAUUGAUGAGGAAGAAAACAACCCACUUGUGCCUACCAAACGGAAUUCUAAUAGGAGUACGCCUGGAGGAAGCAAAUAUGGUUCUGAAGUUGGGUCUGAGACUGAAUAUUAAGAAUCAACUUGUCACACCUUAUGUUGUAGUCAUAUUCUCUUCUAGGACCUGUUAUUUGACUUCAUUGAAUGGUUCUGUAAAAGAACAAAAGCUCUUAUAAAUGUACAACUAGAGAAUGUAAGCAAAACCCUGAUAUCAGCAUCAAAAUUGAUUCUGGAAUUGCUUGUCCUCA